AAUAAUUGUUAUUGUAAUAUAAUCAUAAUCGUAACAAAAUAACAAAAUAAUGGACGCUGACAGGGAAACGAAUAAAAUUUUCAUUUUUGGCUUAUGUAUUCUUAUCGCAUGGAUGAUAAUUAUUAUAAUAUGUGCAAGUCCAAAGCUUUUCCGGGAUAUUCUGUGUCGAUUAUGCUUCUGUUCAAUUGCACGAAGACAUGAGGGAAAAUCUCGGAUGAUGCAUUGUGAAAGUUAUUUACAAUUAAGACAUGUGAUUGCUAUUGAACCAUCCAAUAUUAUGCUUACUCAAGCAUUUGGCAAUAAAUUUCCUUUGCUUACUACCAAAUCGAUCGAAAAGGAAUCACAUUUGGCACCGAUUGUUCAACCCGAAGAUUCGGAAAUAUGCUUUUCAACGGAUAAAGAUUCAAUUACAACAAUCACAGAUGCUGUAAUUUCGACAGAAUUGCUUCAAUAAUAUUGUUACAAGACGAA